AUGUCGUCCGUCCGAUUGGCCGAGGUCUCAGAGGAGGACAGCGUGACGGCCGUCAUCGCGUUCCUGCAGAACCUGCUCAACGAUGGGCAGGAGGAGGCCAAGGCGGACUCUCCUGGCGCCCUAUUCGCGGCCGAGAGUCAGAAGUUGGUCGACGCAAACCGUUGGGACGAGCUCAUCACGCUGCUUGGCUCGCACAUCGGCCUGAUCUUCGGCUCGGCCAGCGCCAAGGACGCCGAGUGCUGCCUGGCGGUGCUAGCGCACCUGGUGAAGAAAGUGGUGUCCACCAGCGGCGAGGAUGCAGAGCGCGCGGCGGCGGACAAGCUGGCGGCCGCCCUCUCGGCCAAGCCUGAGGAGUCUGCAGAGGGAAAGCUCAACGGGCUGCUGGCGCUGUACGCCGCCGCCAAGGGGCCGGUCACCAAGUACCACGUGCUGCUGCAGGUGCUGCGCUUCGCGCGCGCCAGCAAGCCGCUGGCGGGGCAGCUGGCGACCGCGGUGCGCGGCCACGUGCACGACUGGGCGCAGCAGUGGCGGCUCAGCGACAAGGCGGCGCACGACCUGUACUCGGAAGCCGCGCAGCUGCUCAAGGUGGUGGGUGACCGCCCCAGCCACCGGGAGUACCUGCGGCUGGCGACCGACGCGCUCGCGCUGGUCGCGGCUGGCGACGCGGCCGGCCUCGCGGCGGCAAAGGGCUUGGCGACGCAGGCUGUCAAGGACUGGAUCGCCGCUCCCGACAACUUCACCUGCGACUUUAUCGAGCUGCCCGCCGUCGCCCAGCUGGACCAGGACGCGGCCGCAGCGCCGUACCUGCGCCUGCUGCGCGCGAUGCUGGCCGGCGACAUGGCGGGCUACAAGGCGGCGGCGACGGCGGCGGUCCUGGAGGGCGUCCCCGUGACACAGGAGGCGAGCCUGGAGAAGAUUAGGCUGAUGGCGCUGCUGAGCGUCGCGUCGCGUGCGGCGGGCGGCGCCGUCGCGCUGUCCGAGGUUCAGGCGGCGCUCGACAUCCCAGAGGACCAGGUCCAGCCCUGGAUCAUCACUGCCAUCGGCCGCAAGCUGAUUGAGGGCAAGAUUGACCAGGUUGCGCGCACGCUGACGGCCACGCGCUGCCACCGCCGCGCGUUCGGCAACAGCGAGUGGAGCUCCCUCGCGCAGCAGCUGGCGGGCCUGAGCCAGAGCCUGGAGCAGGUGUCGGACAUGAUCGAGUCGCAGCAGGAGCAGGUGCAGCAGCAGCUCCAGCAGCAGCACGGCAGCGGCGCGGCGGCGGGCGGCGGCAAGCAGCAGCCGGACCCCCCGAUGGCAACCCCCGAUGCGAUAGACGCUGUCAAGGCCCCUGACAAGACCCGAGACGGCCCUGCGCACGCGCCGGCCGCCACCUCUGAUGCCAUCAGCGGCGCAGCCCGAGCCGCCUCGCCACUCCCAGGCCCCCCUUGGACCCAAGAAACGAUCUUGAAUAUCUUGAUUGAUCUCAAGGCCAAGCUGGGGGCGAACAAGGAUGCCCUUGAGGCAUGCCGGGAGGACCGUAGGCAGCUCGUGGAGGAGCUGGAUGACAUGCUCAACCGGCUCAACACAGAAACGGCGCUGCGUGCGCGCGCUGAGGCCGAGGCCUCCAGCCUGAGGGAGGAGCUGGGCGCCGCUCGCGCGGAUGUGCAGAGGCUGGAACGCAAGCGCGCUGAGGCGGCCGCCGCGCAACUAGCCGCGCAGGACGCCGCGGCGCGCGCGGCGCGCGAUGCGCGGGAGGCGGUGGAGGCGGCGGGGGCGGAAGCCGCGCGGGAGCACGCGCGCACGGCGCUGGCCGCGGCGGAGCGCGAGCGGGGGCUGGCGGCGCUCGUGGAGGAGGCGAGGCGGGCGGCCGCUGAGGAGCGGGCGCGCGCGGCGCGCCAGAUCGCAGCAGCGCAGCAGGAGGUGUGCAACCAGGUCAACCUGGCGCACAGCGCCGCGCUGGAGGAGAUGGCGGCCAGUGAGCAGCGCACAGCGGCGGCGGCCGCGCUGCAGGCGGCCUCGCUGCGCGCGGCGGCCCAGAAAAUUGAGGCCGCGGCCAGGGCCGAGAAGCUGAAGCUCCAGAGGCAGGUGCAGCAGGCGCAGGACGCGACGAUUGCCGAGAAGCUGUUUGUCAACAAGGCGGAGGCCGGGCGCGCGCUUGCCGAGCAGCGCGCGGCGGGUCUGGAGCAACAGCUGACGGCUGCGAGGGACGGCUUUGAGGGCCAGGUGCAGGGGCUGCGUGAGCGCCUGCGUGCGGCGGAGGCGCGGGCGGUGGAGGGCGAGCGGCGCGCGGAGAAGGCGGAAGAUGAGCUGCGGGAGGCGCGCUCACAGGUCGCCGCCCUGAGCCGCGACUGUGCAAAGCUUCGCCGCGAGCUCACCGAAACGCGCUUGAUGGCGAUUCAAUCUACCAACAUGCUGGCCGCCAUAUGGGCCACCAGCGCAGUGUCGCCCACUGGGGACUGCGCCGCGACCGCGGGUGGCGGCGGCAGCGGCUCCGGGGGACUGCCACUGCUUGGCGCAGGCGCCAGUGCAAAGGGUGGCGCGCUGGUGCCGGCAUUUCCUGUGCCAGAUGUGGCGGUGGCAGGGCAGGGGCCCCUGGAUGCACGAAAAGCAGCGCAGGAGCGGGAUGCGCAGCAGCAGCAGCAGCAGCAGCAGCAGCAGCAGCAGCAGCAGCAGCAGCAGCAGCAGCGCGGGCGUCAGCAGCGGCAGCAGCAGCAGCAGCAGCAGCAGCAGCAGCAGCAGCAGCAGCAGCAGCAGCAGCAGCAGCAGCAGCAGCAGCAGCAGCAGCAGCAGCAGGAGGCUCGCGAUCACAAUCGCCGUCAGGAUGCCGCACCCGCCAUAGUGCCCUUGGGCAUGGGGCCCAUAUCUGGCCUCUCCAGCACCACUGCCAUCUGCAGCGCCUUCCCGGCAGGUGCCACUGCCAGCGCUGCGGCGUCGCCGGCCGCCGGGGCAUUGCCAAACCCCACUGACACGGGCUUGGCCGUUGCACAGCAGCAGGAGCAGCAGCUGGUGCAGCAGCUGGUGCUGCAGCACCAACAGCAGCGGCUCCAGGCAGGUGCGGCUUCGGGCGAGAGGGCUGACAGCCUGCCGCCAGACACGGCCGCCGCCGGCGACGGUGUUGCGCUCAAGGGCGCGCGCGGCGACGACGGCUGCGGUGGGGGUGAGGGCGGCGCUGCUGCCGAGGAGCGCGCGGGCUGUUUGACCCUGCGCCCUGCCACCGCUGGCGGCAGCGGCGGCGGCAGCGCGGCUGCAAGGAAGGACGGGGCUGCGGGGAGCAAGGAGGUGGCAGCUGCGGGAGAAGCAAGGCAGGACGUGACGGCGCUCUGCCCCAUGUUGGGGGCUCCGCAAGGCGCCACGGGGCCCUGGCCGCUCGCGCCGCGGCACGUGAGGCGUUGA